AUGGAGAGCUGCCGGCCGCUGGCGCUGUGCGCGCUGGCCGCCGCGCUGCUGCUGGGCGCCCGCGGGCAGGGGCCGCCCGAUCCGCCGCGCCGCGCCCGCGACCUGGGCCCCGGCGGCGGCGGCGCCUCCCACGAGAAGGAGCUGAUCGAGGCGCUGCAGGAGGUGCUGGAGAAGCUGAAGAGCAAGCGGAUCCCGCACUACGAGAAGAAGUUCGGGCAGGUCCCCAUGUGCGACGCCGGGGAGCAGUGCGCCGUGAGGAAGGGGGCCCGCAUCGGGAAGCUCUGCGACUGCCCCCGCGCGACUUCUUGCAACUCUUUCCUCCUCAAGUGCCUGUAGGCGAGGCGCCCCGCGACACACCGGCGGGCGCGCAGGGACCUCAAUUUUCCUCGCUUCGAAGUGCUGGCCUGGGGCCGCGGCGGCAGCUCCCUGCGGCUUCUUAUUCCGAGAAAAGCAGUUAGAAGUCCUCGUGUUGCCAGUGUAACGCCAUGUGUGACAUCCGACAUCCGUAGAGCUUCUCCCCCCUCACCCCCCACCCCGGCCCGUUUGAUUUUGUCCGUCCCAAACCCCCGCGCGCGCAGCUGUGUGGAGGUACCGGUACCGGAGCUGUGCCGGAGAAGACCCCAUCCAACCGGUCGGGGCCAAGCCGGGCCGGGAGCGGGGCGCUCCUCGGCGUACCCCGGUCCUGGGCGGGCCGACUCCUUCCCGGUGCUGGCCCCAGGGCCCGGGGUGAGGCUGGAUCCAGCCCUCAAAGGUAGGUGUGAGGGGGAGAAGCAGAGGAAUGCGCGGAAAGCACCCUGACCCCCUUCCUCCCCCCGCACCUGGUAACACCUCCCCGCACACCGCGGGGGUCCAGCCGCCCUGCAGGCUUCGGGCCGAAAGUCUGACCACGCUCACUGUGCGCUGGAGAAAGUCUGGCACGAAAUACCGGCCGUGUUCGGGGAGCUGCUGCGAGGCUGGGUGGCGCGGUGCGGGGAUCGGCUGCUUGACCAGAGCCACCGCAGAGAGAAAGCGGUCUGGGUUCAUUGCAGACUAAUGAAGGAUGUUCCAGUCACCUAAAGUAAAUUGCUCCCAUUUCUUUAAUGAACUGAUGUACAUAAAUAUGUAUGUUCUCCACAGGUACACCUUGUCUUUCAGUGAAGUUAUAACAUGUUUUUAUCCUUUGUUUGUCACUGUUAAUAAAAUCAUUGUUCUGAUGA